AUGAACAGCGUAAAAGACUCUUUUCCGUGCCUUCUCUCCUCCGUUCUCCUCUUUCCCCUUCUCAUCUAGAGAGAGGGGGCUUCGCCGAAGGCUUCUCUCCCUUACCGUGUCCCGCGCCCUUCCGCGAUUCGAUCGGACGACCGAGGCGGUGAUCCCAUCAGUGCCCCUAGAACGGAUUGAGCGAGGUAUGCAGUCGGAUCAGACGGUCAUUAGCUUGAGGCCUGGUGGUGGCGGCAACCGACGCAGCAGACUCCUCGCCCCCCGUUUCGAUUCCCCGGCCUUUGCAGCCGCCGCUACGGGCCGAGGGUCGUUGUCCCAGAGCUCCUUCUCACCCUCUGAUCUCGCCUUCCUCGGUCCCCAUGGCGGCGCCGCCACCGGCAAGACUGGAGAUUCACGCUUUGAGGCUCGUGAGCGAAUUUGUUAUUCAAGGGACCAACUUUUACAACUCCAAGAGGCAGUUCAAGCACCGGAAGAUAUCUUGAAAAUCAAACAAGAGAUUGAGGCAGAACUUCAUGGUGAAGAUCAAAGUUGGGUUCGUGGUGAUGCAAAUUUGCAAAGUCAAUCACAUAUUCGCUAUUCGGAGCCAGACAAUCGGGAUUGGCGUGGCCGAUCAGGGCAACUAUCCUCAGUUGGAGAGGAGCGAUCUUGGGAUGCCAUUCGUGAUAAUAAGGAGUCAUAUGGAUCCAACAGAAGACAACCUGAACAAUUAAGUAGGCAGGACCAAUUGAGCUCUGAGUUUUCUUCAGGAGUUCAAGUAUCUUCCAGCCAAGGGGCUGGACCUCCUCCUGCGCUAAUCAAGGCUGAAGUGCCAUGGUCUGCCCGAAGAGGCAAUCUCUCUGAGAAAGAACAGGUUCUGAAAACAGUGAAAGGGAUACUAAACAAAUUGACACCGGAGAAAUUUGAUGUUCUCAAGGGUCAACUGAUUGAUGCGGGAAUCACCACACCCGAUAUUCUACAGGGUGUCAUCAUGCUUGUAUUUGACAAAGCAGUUUUGGAACCUACCUUUUGUCCCAUGUAUGCUCAACUAUGUUCUGAUCUAAAUGAAAAGCUGCCGCCAUUUCCUCCAGAAAAACCUGGUGGAAAGGAGAUCACAUUCAAGCGGAUACUCUUAAACAAUUGUCAGGAGGCCUUUGAAGGUGCUGAUAAUCUGAGGGCCGAGGUUAGAAAGUUGACUGGCCCAGAUCAAGAAAUGGAGCGUAGGGAUAAAGAAAGACUAGUGAAGCUUCGUACACUUGGGAACAUCCGCCUGAUUGGGGAGCUUUUAAAGCAAAAAAUGGUGCCAGAGAAGAUAGUUCAUCAUAUCGUUCAGGAGCUACUGGGACAUGAUGGUAAGACAUGUCCUGCUGAGGAAAAUGUUGAGGCGAUCUGCCAGUUUUUCAAUACCAUAGGUAAGCAGCUGGAUGAGAGCCCAAAGUCUCGUCGUUUUAAUGAUGCCUAUUUCAACCGGUUGAAGGAGCUGACGACAAAUCCCCAGCUUGCACCGCGGUUGAGGUUCAUGGUUCGCAAUGUUCUUGAUCUGCGUUCCAACAACUGGGUUCCCCGACGUGAAGAGGUGACAGCCAAGACCAUAUCUGAAAUUCACACUGAGGCAGAGAAGAAUCUUGGGUUGCGUCCAGGAGCAACUGCAAACAUGAGAAAUGGCCGCAGUGGAAGUGCUCUUGGAGGCCUUGGUCCUGGAGCAUUCCCUAUUAACCGACCUGGUACUGGGGGUAUGAUGCCUGGAAUGCCUGUAACAAGAAGGAUGCCUGGAAUGCCAGGGUUAGAUACUGAUAACUGGGAAGUUCCACGUUCCAAAUCCAUGUCGAAAGGUGAUGUGUUUCGCGGCCAAAGUUCCUUGGUUGGCAAGCCGUCACCCAUCAAUUCCAGGCUACUUCCCCAGGGUAGUGGGGGCCCGAUGACUGGUAAGGCUAGUGCAUUGUUGCAGGGUGGUGGUGCGGGGCUGCCAUCCCGUCCUCCAAAUCUUGUUUCAGGUGCAGUUGACACACCGGCUCAAAAUUUAGGGCCGUUGAAGCCUCUUGGUGCAGUGCCUCCUGCGGCUUCUCCAGUAACUGAGAAGAUAGUUGGUGCUCCAAAAUUUAAUCCCAACGAGCUGCACAAGAAAACGGUUGCUCUUCUGGAGGAGUACUUCCAUGUUCGCAUACUUGCUGAAGCAUUGCAGUGUGUUGAGGAGUUGAAGAGUCCUGAAUACCAUCCUGAGGUUGUUAAAGAAGCCAUCAACCUUGCUCUAGACAAGGGCCCAAAUUGCAUCGACCCAGUGGUCAGGCUCCUGGAGUUUUUGUUUGUCAAGAAGGUUAUUACGCCAAAAGACUUGGGGACUGGGUGCUUGCUUUACGGGUCGACGCUGGAUGAUAUAGGUAUAGACUUGCCAAAAGCACCUACUUAUUUUGGUGAAGUCAUUGGAGAGCUGAUUUUGGCUGGUGGAAUGUGUUUCCAAGUAGUUGAGGAGAUCUUGAAGAAAGUGGAGGAUUCCAGGUUCCGGUCAGUCAUGUUUGAUGCAGUGAUGAAACGUAUAGAAGCAAAACCAUCUGGUCAGGCAGUAUUAGGUUCACAGGCAGCAUACAUAACUGCCUGCAAGAAUGUCCUCUCCUGAAUAAUAGCAGUGCUAGCUUCUGUAACUCUGGUUGAACAGAUACUUUCCUUCGUUCUUUCUUUUUUUCCCCUCUUUUUCCCCAUGAGGUGAGCAAGUAGCGUCACAAUGUUCAUAAGUGGAGAUUUGAGGAACAAGAAAUCUUCUUGAGUUGCAUAAUUUUUGCGAGUCACAUGAGUGUUUAUUAUUUGUUUCACGAUGACAGGAAAAAGGUGCCAUGAAUUUGUUUUUGAACAACAGCUUAAUUUUGCUUGAAGCUCAAGAUAAACAGGGCUUAAGAUA